AUGCCAAAGAGUGUCCGCUAUGUCACGCUCAUCUCGACAGCCCUGUUAUACGCCUCCGGCUUUGCCCACGGCGCGAAUAAGCCAACCCGUUCGACCUCCAGCUUACAGACUUCGAUAGCCUCUCCAGCAGUAUCUGCCGCAGAUGCUCUUUCCACAUCUACCUGCCAGUCUAGGAUGAUAAAUUAUAUUACGCAAACCCUACCGCAGCAAUGCGCAAAAUCGAGCUGGACCGCUGUAGAAUCGAGCUCCAGCUUACGAGAUGCAGAAACUGCCCUGGCCGCUGAUGGAACAUAUCGUACGGGUGAGGCAUCAUCGCACGGAGGACCGGCUGCUCAGGCGAGCACCAGAGGGAUUGAGGGACAGCAUGCGUUAUCGGAGAACGCAAAGACUGGUACAGCUACUGUGACUGGUGAACCAUCUUCUACCUCAUCCGAGCCGACAAUCAGCAAGACCUCGACAUCCACAUCUACCGCUGCAAGUAGUACGGUAUCGCCCGAGCCGGAAGCCGAUACUGAAUCGCCCCUCGACAACGCCAAUUUCCUCUCGUUCGAAGACUGGAAGAAGCAGAACCUAGCGAAAGCCGGGCAGUCACCAGAAAAUGUUGGGCAAGGACGCAGCGCCAGCUCAGAAGGGCGGCGAAGGCCUGUCAACAUCAACAACGCGCUCGACUCGCUAGGUGAAGAUACAGAGAUAGAGCUCGAUUUUGGCGACUUCGGCAGUGCUGGAAAAGUGGAGGAGUCAACACCCAGUUUGGCGUCAGAGAAGAGUUCAGCUUCGGAGAAAGGGGCGGAGACUGCGGAGACCCUGGCGGCGAGCUCCCGCGCGAGGAGUAAAGAUGCCGGCAAGACGUGCAAGGAGCGCUUCAAUUACGCGUCCUUUGACUGCGCGGCAACGGUGCUAAAGACGAACCCUCAAUGCAAGAGCUCAUCAUCUGUGCUCGUGGAGAACAAGGACAGCUACAUGCUCAACGAAUGCGCCGCCCCUAACAAGUUCAUCAUCGUGGAGCUGUGCGAUGACAUCUUGGUCGACACAGUCGUGCUGGCCAACUUUGAGUUCUUCAGCUCCAUGUUCCGUACUUUCCGCAUCUCGGUCUCGGACCGCUAUCCGGUGAAGACGGACAGAUGGAAAGAGCUAGGCGUGUUCGAGGCCAGAAAUAGUCGGGAUAUGCAGGCUUUCUUGGUGGAGAAUCCCCUAAUUUGGGCACGCUAUCUCAGGGUCGAGUUCCUGACUCACUAUGGAAACGAGUAUUAUUGCCCUUUGAGUCUCUUGAGAGUGCAUGGAACGACCAUGAUGGAGGAGUUCAGGCAUCAAGAAGAGGUCGCGAGGGGCGAAGAUGACCAGGAAGAUGGGGAUAUCGAUGAGCCUGAAGGGGAGGUUGUGCAAGCUCCUUCUACUGUACCAGAUAUCCCUAACGUAGGCGACAAGACGGGGCUCAGGAUUACCAGCGAAAAGCAGCAACCAGUCAAGGCCUCGGAGGAACCUGUUCUAGUGUCAGAGUCAACAACAGCGAAAGCCGCUGAGGCUUCUCCUGCAGUGCAGGAAAGCCACCAAGCGAUUGAAGAGGAGCCAAGCAACAGAACUUCAGCACUUCAAGAGCCCAUGGCGACAACCGGCAAUGAGACUAUUGUUGCUAGUCAAACGUCGCAGGGACUACAGACAGCAGCCACAAGCGCGGACACGGCGUUAUCAGCAUCCCCUGAUGCAAACGAUCAGAACAUCACCUUGGCUGCCACCCCUACGGAGCUCAGUGCGCCGUCCGUGGUCUCAAAUAGGUCUGUUUCUUCGAACAGCACUUCAGCCAUUGGAUUGAAGACAAGAGAGCCUGACAACCCACUGGACCCAACAUCACAGGCUCGUAGUACCGCUUCAAAUUUCACGGCCAGUCCUUCCAGUGUGGGUUCGAACAAUGACUCUCAGCUGUCCAGCAGCAGCCUUGAGCCACAAAGUCCCUCCACAAAUGCACCUUCCACGUCAGCGCCCCUCGCUACAUCAAACGGCACACAGUCAAGACAUCUCGUCUCUAAGUCAUCACCGGCGGCUGCGCCCACCACCAGCACGAGCAAGAUUUCCUCCCCGCAGUCAAACGGCAGUAGACCUGCGCCAUCCUCCACGAAACCUCAGCCAGCCAAUCCGACGACUCAAGAGAGCUUCUUCAAGUCCAUCCACAAGCGACUGCAAAUGCUCGAAGCGAACUCAACCCUCUCACUCCAAUACAUCGAGGAGCAAUCCCGCAUCCUCCGCGAUGCCUUCACGAAAGUCGAAAAGCGCCAGCUAGCCAAAACCGAGACCUUCCUCAACCACCUCAAUAGCUCCGUUAUUGCGGAGCUCAAGGGCUUCAGACAGCAAUACGACCAGCUCUGGCAAUCCACCGUUAUCGAGCUCUCGAACCACCGCGAGCAACACCAGCGCGAAAUGCUCGCCAUCUCCUCCCGCCUGACCCUUCUAGCUGACGAGCUCGUCUACCAGAAGCGCAUGAGCGUCGUCCAAACCACGCUCAUCCUGCUCUGCCUUGGCCUCGUGCUCUUCGUGCGCUCCGGGACCAGCAGUCUCGAAUUUCCGCUCGUGCAGCAGAUGAUGCACCACAAGCCACAGAGCAGCGCACUGCGUCUACGGUCCCCGAGUCCGCCAUCGGGGAGCCCUUCGCCCCGCUACAAUGGCGGCGGGGUGGCGCGUAGACGUUUCCGCAUUUUUCGCUCGGAGUCCAGCGGCCACCUCUCCGAAGGCUCGGCGGAUGGGCAGAGGAGUCCGAAUACGGAGUUCGAGCCGCCGACCGUGACGUCGGAUCCGGAGGAGGGCGCGGAGGUGCUGCCGCCGGACGGGCUGAGAGAGAUACAGAGCGGACCGGCGACGCCCAGGGGGACAAGAGAUAUGCAGCCUAGCUGGAACGGCGAUGAGGUGGAGGGUGUGGUGGCAAGGCUAAACCCAAGGCCAGAGGCGGGUGCUAAUGGGCUCAGGAGGAGGAGUCCGUUGAGGAGGUAUGAAGGGGCUGAAUAUGGCUCUGAUGACUCUGCGGGGCCUGAUGGAGUUGUGGAAAUGAUGAUAGCGUAG